UGUAACUACAGCUGAUGCCACUGAUUCAUCAGAUAUUUCAACAACUAUCGAUGUCACAGGAACAGAACAACCGUCAAAUACAGCAGGAAACAUCUGUAACUCUAGAUGAUAGUACAACAGAUAUAUCUGCUGUAACUUCAACAGAUCCUGCUGUAACUACAGCUGAUGCCACUGAUUCAUCAGAUAUUUCAACGACUAUCGAUGUCACAGGAACAGAACAACCGUCAAAUACAGCAGAAACAUCUGUAACUCCAGAUGAUAGUACAACAGAUAUAUCUGCUGUAACUUCAACAGAUCCUGCUGUAACUACAGCUGAUGCCACUGAUUCAUCAGAUAUUUCAACAACUAUCGAUGUCACAGGAACAGAAGAACCGCCAAAUACAGCAGAAACAUCUAUAACUCCAGAUGAUAGUACAACAGAGAUUUCUGCUGUAACUUCAACAGAUCCUGCUGCAACUACAGCUGAUGCCACUGAUUCAUCAGAUAUUUCAACAACUAUCGAUGUCACAGGAACAGAAGAACCGCCAAAUACAGCAGAAACAUCUAUAACUCCAGAUGAUAGUACAACAGAGAUAUCCGCUUUAACUUCAGCAGAUCCUGCUGCAACUACAGCUGACACCACUAUUGUGACAGAAGCUGGUGCAUCUACACCAAAUCCUGCCUCAACUACAGCUGAUUUCACAACUACAAAAGAUGUUAUAACAACAACAACAAGAUCUACUCAGUCAACGACCAAAACCACAACUGCCAAACCUAUUGAGUGUGAAAAUGGUGGAACUCCAUAUCCAAACAACCAGGCUUGUUUCUGUCCGAAAGGUUUUACGGGGAGACUCUGCAGUACUGUUGUAACUGAAAUUGUUCCAGAUAACAUUGAAAGGACAGUCAAUGUUACGAUGGAAAUAAAUGAAAGUUUUACAGAUGACUUUAAAAACUCAUCAUCAGAUGCAUAUAAAAAUUUUGAGGAAAAAUUUAAUAGAACAGUGGUAAAGUCUUAUGAAAAAAUAUCCACAUUUUUGCAUGUGGCCAACAUAAUUCUAAGUGCUGGUGGACCAUUACAAAAUAGUCAAAGAAGAAAAAGAAGUUUGUCUUUAAAGGAAACUAACAGGGAAACGGCUAGUCUGAAAGUUGAGCAUGAUGUCCUUCUUGACAUUGAAAAUAGCAAAGAAAACCAAAAUACUUAUGAAAAUAGUGUCAAUAAAGUGAGAGACGCUCUUGUUGACAUAAAAAACAAUCCAGACUCAGGAUUGGUUGUUAAUAAUGCCAUUGCAUCAGAGACUGGACUUGGUGGGGUGUGUGCAAAGGCUACGGAUGGUUUUCUUGAAGGAUACGAAAAGUAUUUUGAAGCAGUUGUCAUUGAUGACAUAGUGAAAUGUUUGACCCAAUGCAGUCCAGAACAUAAUAAUAUGAAAAUCUGUAAGAACAGAGGCACCUGUGAAGUUUCUGAUCAGGGCCCAUCCUGCUAUUGCCGCCAUAGUGAUGACUUCUGGUACAUGGGAACAGAUUGCAGUUUACAGGUGCACAAAGUUGGAUUUUAUGCUGGAUUAGGAAUAGUGGCAGCCAUAGCAGUAUUAACUGUAGCAAUCCUGACAGUUUAUCUCUUUAUAAACAAACGGACGGUGAAGAGGAACAAAGACAUUAAGCAAGAGCUAGUGAAAGAAUGGUUAGAGGAUGACUUUGAAUGGCCACCACAAAAGAAAACAUCAUACACAGCUGACAGAUAUGAUAACCCAGUAUACUCACCAGGAGGCAGACAUUCACACGAGAGUUUUGGAAACUAUAAACCAGACUUCUCUGCAAAUCAGUCUUACACCCAGAAUUUCUCACCUGAACCUGGUAUUCAUCUCCGGUAUCUUCAGAGGGAUCAGUCUAUGAAAAUGGACAGACCUCAGAUCCGUUCAUCUUUUGAUAUUUAAUAUUCUAUGUGUGUGGAAACACGCAUUACGGCUUUGUAUAACAUACUAAGUGUAUCUAUUGCUUGGUUUAAAAAUACACAGAUUUUAUCCAUCAAAACUGCUGAGCAUUCUAUUCAUACCAUACAAUUUAGCAGUUGUGCAAUUAUGCAUAUUUUCUGUACCUCAGUGUGUGACAAACGUCAUCUGACCAUAUUGUGUUUUAUCACAUGAUGAAGAGAAGCGGUAGAACUUCAGAUAUGCCCUGCUUAUCUUCGGAUAUGUUAUUAAAAUAAUCAGUGUAGUAAAAUGAGAUAUCUUGUUUUUAUGUAUUUUUUUUCUUAUCAUUUUACUUUAUUGCUCCUUCAGGUAUCAUUUCUUAUCAUUUUGUAUUCUUUAUGAUAUUGCAUUAAUAUAAACUGGUUUGUAAAUUACAUAUUAACCACAAAUUAUUUAUUACCAUUAUACUCCACACAUUGUCUGUAAAUUGACACUUGCUUAUGUUAAAAUAAAUUAUAUUCUCAGUUGUU